AUGAGUGGAGACUCGGGAAGCAUCGCAGCCGCCGCCGUGGCGUCCGCGCUGGUCAAGCGCUCCUCGGCCGGCUCCAACGCCUUCUUCUCCAUCUCCGUCGCCGUCAUUUGCCUGCUGGUCUUACUACUGCUACGCUACUACCUGCCACUGCGCAAGACGCCCGCGUACCUGCUCGUCCCCGUCUUUUUGGCCCUAGCCUUGCCCGCCAGCAUCAUCCUGCUCGUGCCCAUCGACCUCGGCAGCGUGAGGAGCGUCAAUGGCGAGGACAAGGGCGGAAGGGGCGUCUGGCUGCCGGAGCGCGCUCUGCUGGUCUGCUGGAGGAUAGGAUACUGGUUAACCUUCGUCCUUACUUGGGCGAUUCUUCCGCUUCUCGGCGAAUACAGCGAUGCCGGCUACUUGGCUCCGAAGUCGCGCUUCCUUUACUCGCUUCGCUCGAACGGGCAGUACUGGAUGAUUAUCAUUGGCUGCAGCAUUGUCGGCGCUAUAUACUUUAUAAUGACCAAUGGCUUCCACUUCACGUCUUUGAAGGGUUUGGUCAUGGCUUUGGCCUAUGCGUGGGGUCUCAUCCUCGCUAUUUACCUCAUGGGUCAUGGCCUUGUGGCUCUGCCUAGGCGGCUUUGGAGGAGCGCGAGCAUAGCGGAGCGGUUGAAGAGAAUCCAGGCCCAUGCGCCCAAGGUCCACGAGAAGCUUGAGGAUGCUACUGAGAAAUUGGAGGACUACGAGGCGCAGGUCAUGCAGUUGAGGAACAAGAGGAGCUCAGUGCCCAGAGAAUUCCAGGAAUGGAUCGAGGAGCUGGCGGACACUGCAUCUCUGUUGGAGGCGCAGCCGUCAAGAUCUGUUGGCGCCCCGAGAACGACCAUUCCUUCAGUGAUUACCGAGAAGUACUUGGCCGAUCUGACCAGAAGGCUGAAGAGGGCGAGACACGCAAGGCUGCGCUUUGAAGAUGAAUGGGCGCGCUUGGUUUCUUCCGCUGUUUUCACCCAGGCUAUCCUUGAUGCUGCGGGCCCCAAAAAGCUCGAUGCCACGGCUGGCUCUACCUGGAGACGGGACAACUUCUGGUCCCGACUUGGCCGAAGGACGCUCAGCCCUCGCAUGCGUUAUCACUGGCAUACCCAUCUCAUUCCUGCCCUCUACUACGCCUUGAGUGUCUUCCUUGGAUUGGCGUCGGCUGCUGUUGUUUGGUCUGAAUUUACCAAGGCUAUCUCCGCCAAGGUCAAUAUCAUUAGCCGCACGGUUGUCCACCAUCCCAGCUCCGACUCAAAGAUCGGCUUCGCAGGACAAUGCAUUGCAGCGCUCUGGCUACUUUACAUGGUUAUGUCCGCGCUCUACGCCAUCACCGAAGUCAAGAUCUGGGGCAACCGCGCAUUGGUCCGUCGCCAAACCUACGCCGAGAGCGCGUGUUGGUAUUCGUGCCAGGUCGCCAAGCUGACGGUGCCGCUGGCCUACAACUUCAUCACCUUCUUCGAGGGUGAGAUCUACAAGGAGACGGUCUUCUUCUCCUUCCUCGGCAAGCUGGUCAACCUGACGCCGCUCGGCUCGGGCUUCUCGAGCUACUUCCCCAUGCUCAUCCUCAUCCCGGUGGCGGCGACGCUGUUCGGCCUGUAUGGGCGGGCCAAGCGCAUCAUCGGGCUGGGCGAGUACAUGGAGAUCGGCGACGAGGAUGACGACGAGAUCGACAACGCCUUUUCGGGCUGGCGUGAGGGCCGCGCCCUCAUCGACCGCGAGGUCCACGGCAACGGCCUCCUCGCCGGCACCACCAGCGCCCUCGGCCUCCGCAACGCCCCGGCCGCUGCUUCUUCCUCGUCCUCUCCGCUCGCCGGCUCCUCGCCGCGCACCGCCAGCCCUGCCCAAGGCAUCCUCUCACCGAACAAGAACCGCUCCCCCGUCCGCCCUGCCGGCUUCGCGAGCCACAACCGCACCGCCACCAGCACCGCCGCAUGGCAGCAGCAACAACGAUCGACAGCUGCUUCUGCUUCUGCUGCUGCUAACCCUCCUUCGUCGUCUUCACGCGGCCGCCCCGCCGCCGAACGCAGCACCAACAACAUCUUCUCCAGCGCCGCCGCCGAAGAUGCUGCAGAGGCUGAAGGUGGCUGGCUCGGCGACUUCACGCACCGCCUGCGCAACACGUUCGAGACGGCAGACUUCACGCCGCCGAAGUGGAUGAGACCGGGUUCGAGUGAUGGGAGUGCUGGUAGUGGGGGUGGAAAUGUAGGGGGUGGUGAGGGGGAGGGAGCGCUGGGGCCGUUGGAAAGGUUGUUUGGGGGGAAUAGGGGGGGUGGUGUUAGGUUGAGGUAG